AUGACUGCUAGUUCGACGACGCUACGCCGGGACGAAUGCUGCCAACAAGCAACGACCAACGACAGCAACAACAAAGCUGGUUAUCAGCCAGUACCAGCAGCAGUACCCCCAACCCGCGCCAUAUCGUGUCCUUAUCUGGGCGUAGAAUCUGUCCCGUCUCCAUGCUGCCACGCCUCUGACGAUGUGUCAAUGGGCAAUGAGCCCAACCGUCUGCCUGGCUCUGCUCGCGCUGUUGUUCCUCCAGCGGCGUGA